UCACAUGAUCCACCUCCUUGCUUCCCGUGAUACGCCAAUCCGGUUCAUCUUAUCGCCAUGACCUUCAGCGCACUCACCCGUACCAUACCAUUGGAGUGGGUACUAAAGUAAAUAUAGUAGGCCACAGACCUUGAUGACAAAGCUGUAGCACAACCAUCUGUAUGACGCCAGAUGCCGUAUCACGUUUCGUUGGCUAAGGUGUCCAACUCCUACCACAACCACGUCGACAUAACCGACGAGCUUCCAUCAGCUGGCAGCAUGGAUUUUCUUCGGAGAGCUGUCUCUAAACAGCGUCGAUUAUCCCACUUAGAAGAUGGAGGCGGCUCAUCAAAAGAUUCAUUAUCUACAGAUGACGAUAGCACAUCAAAGAAUGGAAUAUUUCAUAUUCCGCUGACGUGCAAUAUCGAGAUGACGUCGCUCUCAUCCUUAACAUCUUUGUCGUCGUCCAACUACUCCUCCAGGGAAAACAGCCCCAAACCUCAUCCAAAGAGAGUUUCAUUCUCAGAUGACAUUGUCUUCAAUGAACCUGACUUUCCCCUUUCUUCUGCCGACGACAAGGUGUCAAUGGAAUCCCCGUUUUCAAGGGACGGGAGGUUGCCGACAGAAAGAAGGUCACUGACGGAGGGGAGCUUGACGCCGGAGAGAAGGUCACGGAAGGUUGGAAGCUUGUCAACCGAGAGACGAUUAUUGAGCAAAAAGAACUUGCAAACAGGCAUCUCAGAGAGACAGUUGGAUGAGAGUCGAAUUUUGACGGAGAAUUUUCAGUCGGACGAUGAUUCGGACUCAGAUUCGGAAUCGGAGAGUCAGUUUCCCGAGAAAUUCCGUGCAGUAUUGUUUAAUAAAUUCGGAGCUAAGCGCUACACAGGGCCUGCGAUCAAGGACGCCAAAUCCGUCUCCCAUGUGUACAAAGGAGCUGUAUUAGUGACUGAUUUCCUGGACAGCAAAGUAGUUUUGUAUGAAAGAAGUGGUAAGCCACGGCGCACCUUCAUAACCAAGGAGAGCUCAGAGCCUUGGUGUGCGACGAUGACGCCCGACGGACACGUCGCCGUGACGUUGCGACGUCAGCACUGUGUUGCGUUGUGGACAAAUGACGGCACAUCGAUGGAAGUCUUCGGCAGCGGUUUGUUACGGUGCCCUGCUGGUUUGGCGGUUGACAAAACCGGGAGGGUCUUUGUUGCAGAUGAACAACUCAGUGAAGUAUUUGUAUUCGACCAGGAAGGGACCGUUUUAUUCAAACUAUCCGAUUUUCACCAAGCUGCCUUCAAACAGCCUCGAUAUGUUUGCUGUUCUCAUUCUGGUCGUAUCAUCGUGGCUGAUUCGGGCAACCACUGUGUGAAAGUGUUUGCUUCUAAUGGCAACUUCCUGUUCAAGUUUGGGACCUAUGGGAAAUCGAACGGCCAGUUCAGGUUUCCUUAUGGCGUGUGUGUUGACCAGCACGACAACAUUAUCGUCGCCGACCACCACAACGACAGAGUGGUCAUGUUUUCUGCAACGGGACAGUACAUUCAGAAUCUUGUCACACCUACGGCUGGGCUGAGAAGUCCGUGUGGCGUCUCCAUUAGAUGUGCGCAUAACCGGAAGUUGUAUAUUACGCAUGGCGAACUUCGAGCUUCAGAAGUAAUCGUGUAUAAGCUGAUAACUAUGGACUCGGAGCUGAGCAUAAACGUCAAACAUUUUGUGUAGUCAGGAUCAGUUUCGGAAAUUUGAAAGAGAGACAAGCACAACGACAGUGACGCACAAAACGUUAUAUUACAAGUUUAAGUGAGCGAGUGAGUUUGAGGUGGGAUUCAAUAGUAUGGAUACCGAGCUCAGCAUAUAUACGUCAAACAUUUCAUGUAGUUAGGACCAGUUUUCGUAUUUAUGGAGAGAUAAAAGCACAACGACUUCGACGCACAAAACCUUAUACUAGUUGAGUGAGUGAGUGAGUGAGUUGAAACUGGUGUCUUCUGUAAGGGGAUUCGGCAUAUACGUCUAAUAUAUUUUGUAGUCAGGACCAGUUUCUGUAUUUAUGGCGAUAUACAAGCACAAUGACGUCGACGCACAAAACGUUAUAUCAGUAACGGGGUUGAGGCUGUAAGUGUAGUUUUGUUGGCAAUAUUCACGCCAUCUGGCGGCGGAUGUACACAAGACAGAAGCUUCACACGACUCCAUCGAUAAUGGCACUCGGUACCUCGAGCUCAGUGUGAGGACCCAAAGCUACCUCACCUCUCCUGUACACGUUUAAGUAUUGUGUAAAUUAGCAUACCAUUAGAAUAAAGGACACGUAUUAUCAA